AUGACGGGAAAUGAUCAAGAUGAUUGGGAAGUCGCAGUUGAUACUGGAGAAUUUGAUAAACGAUUAGAGCAACUAGGAAAAGAUCGAGUUACCACGCAAGAAUCGAUUGUGUCAUCAAAUGACAAGUACAAUCGCGAUGUUUCGAAUUCCAACACAGUUCAAUCAAAUAAAGCGAUUCGAAUAUUGAAACGGCCAACUCAUCAAUCUCAAACUUCUACUUCAAACGACUCGACUAGUUCAAAUGUAUCGACAGCUACUAAUAAUGUCAAUUCGAAUUCACCUUGUCUAACAAACACGUCCACACCUGUCGUAUCAAUCAUUCCACGAAAUCAAUCAAAAGAACCGAUAACUAAUACUUUAUCGACACUAUCCAGCAAAGCUCCAAUCAAAACCUACGAGCAACGUGAGUAUGAAUAUCGAUUAGCAAGAUUACGAAUCAUGGGCGAAGAAGAAAGUUCGAAUAAAGAUGACGAUCCUAGUUCUUUGCCGCUUGACUCACUUCAAUCUUCGCCAAAGACUAAUCCGAAAGCGAGCAAUAGUUCUUCAAAUAUAAAUAGUACGGAAUCUUCUUCUCAACAAUAA